CAAUACGUAACGGAUCUGUCGAGGCGGUCAUAUGGACCGCUGCGUGUGUGGUGGGGACGACCAUUCGUGGUGGGAAAAAUUCUUCCAUCUGGUACGAUUGUAUGCGAUCAGUCUGCUCGCCGCUGCUUUCUGGACGCGACGACACGCGAGUUCGCGAGAUCGGUGCGCGAUUUUCUCCCGCUCUAAUGUGCUGUUGCUCACAAAAGGCGUCGGUGGUGCUGAAAGAAAAUUAGCAGAAACAUUCUGUCGAGGUGUCACGUCGCGGCAGUGGGCCCACUCGAUCCAUCCUCAGGCCGGGUCGGCACCGAAGCAGAUCUUCGUUAACCAGUUUCCGCAACUUUCUCGUUUUAUCACCACGGAUGCCGUAAAUCGGCUUUGUAAAUAUGCGAGAGGGAACAUUUUAAAGGAUUGAGAAUGCCGCUGUUCAAGCCGCGGGCCACGCCGAGAUCGCCGAUAACGGAGAAAGCUGCGAACGGCGUGCAGCAGCAGCAGCAACAACAGCAGCAACAGCAACAUCGGAAUCAUCACCAUCAUCAGGCCGAUGACAAUAAUCACGACGGCGCGAGCAGUAACGGUACCGGUAACCGGCCAAGCCAUACCGUGUCACGAUCGGCUUUUUCGCCGAGUGCUCCACCCGAAUACGAUCAGACGAGAGGGUCUCGGGCCCCGAGACCGUCUUUGGUCUUCCACUGCCAACUGGCCCAUGGCAGCCCCAUGGGACUGAUAUCGGAUUUCAGCAACGUCCGCGAGCUGUACCAGAAGAUCGCCGAAUGCUACGACUUGCCCGCGGAAGAGAUUCUCUUUUGCACGUUGAAUACGCACAAAGUGGAAAUGACAGAGUUGCUGGGUGGACAGAUCGGCGUGGGGGAUUUUAUAUUCGCGCAUAAAAAAGGCCGACCGAAGGAAAUCGAGCUGGUGAAGACGGACGAUGCACUGGGCCUGACGAUCACCGACAACGGCGCCGGUUACGCUUUCAUAAAGCGCAUAAAGGAGGGUUCCGUGAUCGACAGGAUAAAAGUGAUCGAAGUGGGCGAUCACAUCGAGAGGAUCAACUCCACCAGUUUGGUCGGCAAACGACACUUCGAGGUGGCAAAAAUGCUGAAGGAAAUAUCGAAGGGUUCAACAUUUACGUUGAGACUGGUGGAACCGCAGAAGAAUGGCUUUGGCAGCAUUGGUCCCCGUGGUGACCUCAGGAAAGGAAAGAAAUCCGGCUACGGGUCCGGCAAGGAGACCCUGAGAUUCAAGGCUGACGGCAGCGCGCAAAUUAUAGAGAAGGUCGACGAUACCGCAGCCAUCGGCGUCGAGAAGAUCAACACCAUCUUGGAGAGCUUUAUGGGUAUCUACGAUACGGAACUAGCCACGCAAAUCUGGGAGCUCGCCGAAGGCAAGUGCAACAGUAUAGACUUCGCCGAAGCGAUCGACAAUUCCGACUUGGAAGCUUUUGGCUUCACUGACGACUUCGUGAUCGAGUUGUGGGGCGCCGUGACGGACGCCCGAGCUGGUCGGCAUCGAUGACGCGAGGACCGAUGACGAUCAGCAUCCCGACGAAUAUAUCGAAGAGGGAGAGAGAAAGAGACAGGAAAAGGCAACUUGGACAAAGACAGCUUGAAGAUUUUGCAAGAUAUUUUAGACUCGGUGGGACAAUCGAUAGAGUUUCAGGUGGAAUGGACAACAAGUGCUUCUUCAAGUGAAAGAUGAUGCAUUGACGUACCAUUCGCUCACACUCGCAUGUUACCAUGAUUUUAGAGGUUUCAUUCUCGGCGUACAUUUUUUGCUCCUUGAGAAUGCGUUCAAGAUCGCAAGUGCAUUACGAGAAUCGAGAGUUUAGCAUUGGACUUGCGGCGGAAAUGUAGGCUGAAAUCUGCAAUACUCCACGUCGACUAAGAGUUAUCGUAUAGUGCAUCGUGUCAUAUGGCAAGCGCAAAGUCGAAUCAAGAAGGAGAAGAAGAAGAAGAUGAAGAAAUAACGGAGAACCUUCUGAUGGUUUGCGCGCUGAAGAAGGAAAGUCUAAGCGUUUCCUGUAUUUCCUACUUUUGCGCGACGAAGCUUCGGUGAAAACAUAUUUUGCAUUUUAUCGUUUCGUUAUUAAAAUUAUCAAUAUGUUAUUAAAGUUGACUAAGUAAAAUAUUAUUAAGAUUGAUUAAUAAAGUAUUACCAAGUUUUAUUAAGUUACGCUAUUCCUGAAAUUUAUUUAAAUAAUGUAUUAUAUAUUUCUUUAGGAAUACUUUCUCUCUCGUUUCAUUUCCGCUCCUUCUUGGUGCAGGCUUAAUUAAAGGCUUCGUAAUAUUCUCGAUGCAUUUAAUCAGCUGAUAGAGUGUCGGUGACGAACGUGUCUUUCGGAUUCGGCAUAUCGUUUUCUAUAUUACAUAAUUGCAAUGCAAUAAGAACACUGUUACGGCUGAUAUCGAUGUUGAUUUCCUCGCGCAGUUGCGAAACAGCUCUAUUUGUUCGAGUCGACGUCGAUCUAUGAACACGUGGAAAAGAAUUUAAUCUUAGCUGCUAAUAUUAAUAUUUAAUUAUUCGCAAGGCAGCGUAAACAUGCUGAUUCAACGUGUUCGUCAUCGUCAGUAUCAUCGGCGUUAUUCAAUUGUGAGCCAAUUAGUAUUCAUCAGCAACAAAUAUUCUAGAGACGCUUGUUACACGAGUGACAAAAAUGUGUUAUAAUAUAUCUCGAUAUGCAUGUCAGUUCGACAAGUUCACGAUGUAUAAGAUUAAAAGAGUGUGUUAUUUAGUGUUACUUAGUGUCAAUA